AUGGUUAUAAAGGUUUCUGUUGGUACCAACAAGCACAUUGUUGAUGAUCAUAGAUUCAAACGUCACAGAGUAUUCGCUCUGUCCCAUCAACGAGAACAUAAAAAUAAACGUUUUCUUGUUACACCAGUCACAUGUAUCGAUGGUGAACACGAUUGGUAUUACCAAGAGGCCCAGUCACAUCCGUGUCAGCGUUCUUGUGUCCCAGGGGACGUGAAGACCUGCUACUACAGGUUCUCCAUAGAGUGGUACUGGGCUUUUGGCAAAGCCUGCUAUGACUGUCCUCGGACUCUCACUGACUGCUACAGAAAGGAUUGUGUUCCAGCUGGCGGAGUCGAAAGGUUCAUCACUGUCGUCAACAUACAAAUGCCUGGCCCUAGUAUUGAGGUUUGCCAUGGAGAUAAAUUGGAGGUGGAGGUAGAAAACAUGAUGGAUGACCAGACCACUUCCAUACACUGGUACGGCCACCACCAGGUCAAGACACCCUACAUGGACGGGGUGCCCUUCAUCACCCAGUGUCCCAUAUCGCCUAAUUCUGUGUUCCGAUACACCAUGCAGGUCACCAAUCCUGGUACACACUUCUGGCACGGCCACACAGGUUGGCAAAAGAGCAGCGGCGUAUUUGGACCUCUCAUAGUCAGAUCUGCUCCGAGUGCUGAAGCCUCUCUCCUCUACGACCUUGACCUGUCAGAGCACACCAUCCUCAUUAACGACUGGACUCGUGUAACAGUCAUGGCCAAGUUUCAGAUGUUCGUACAGAGCAAUGGAAACAAAAGUCCUGAAGCAAUUUUCGUCAAUGGAAUGGGACGCUACUAUAAUGACUCUAACCGGCUUACCCAUACUCCCCUCGCUGUCUUUACAGUGCAACAGGAGAAACAUUUCGACGUCAACCACCCUAUACACUUGCAUGGCUAUGCCUUCCAUGUCAUAGGAAUGGAUCGACUGGGAGAAAGUGUAGACGAGGAGCUUGUCAAGAAGCUGAACAGAGAAGGGCGGGUAGUUCGGAAUCUCGAGAAUCCCCCCUUAAAGGACAGUGUAACAGUUCCUGAUGGUGGUUAUACCAUAAUUAGAUCUCAUGCAAACAACCCUGGUAGGAACCAACAUUGA